CCAAUGAGCACUAUUCUGCUCUUUUCCGAAUACCGCUGAUUGGUUGAUUCUAUAACACACUCUGUAUUCCGCAUUUCUAUUGCGCACCGUCUGAUUUUACUUUGUCUCGAGAUUUCGUAGAACGAUAUUUGUGCUAGUUUCCGCCGUGACACGCACAGACGUGUUCGAACACUUUCGGGCCUAAUUUUGUGCAAAACGUAGCUCGGUACCUUGGACGAAAGGACAAUCCAUUUAGAGUCUGCAUAUCCAAGUUAAAUAAAGAGAGAGAGAGAGAGAGAGAGAGAAAGAGAGAGAGAGAUAUUUGUGUUUCAUAGUUUAUACAAUUUUUACGUGAACAGUUUCGUGAUAAAUAAUUCAUCUAUGCAAAACGCCAUAAUACUUUCUCUGGGACGGUGACAGUUAUUUCCGAGAACCGCAUUAGUUUCGUUGCGGCAAUUAUUUAUGCGACAAUCAUCUACUGUCGUAUAGAGGUUAUGUGCAUAAUUUGUAGCGGCUGUGAAUUCUUAUCUUAUAAUCAAAUUAUUAAAUAAAUAUAUUGAUGGUUUUUAAAAGACAGAAUAAUGUACCAUCAAUAUUUAUAUCCAGGCUCCACUCAAGAGAUUCCACGGACAACAGCAUACCGGAAAAGGAAACGUCAAGAACAGAGCAGGAGUGAAAUAAAUUAUGAGAUACCUUGUUUGAAUGACUUGGCAUAUUAUGAUAUUGAAGAUGACGACAGAUUAUGCGAUGAACAAUUAUGUAUUAAUGAUGAUACAACAGGAGUUGCCAAUAACGAUGUAUCAAACGAUGCUUCACUUAAUUUGGACGAAUCAAAUGGUAAUAUCCAGGAUGGACUAUUAGAUGAGGAAUUAUUUGAUGAGGAAGACACAAUGACCGUUAUUGAUGCUAAUAACGAUAUACCAAAUAAUGGGGACAUUUUGGGUCAAGAUGGACGAUCCAAAAACUACUUGAAUGAAAAACUGUGCAAUUGUACAUGUACAACAAAAGGAGAGGCAGUAUUAAUGGCGCUACAUCUUGCGAAGCGUCAUUCACUUACUUGGGUAGCUGUACUUGAUAUUCUAAAAAUGUUAAAUAAGCUGUAUGACGACGACAUAUUACCAGCAUCUAAGUAUACAUUAUUUAAAAACUUUUCGGUACAAGACAUUUCGUAUAAAUAUCAUAUAUUCUGUACGAAUUGUGAAACGUACCUUGGCAUUCGAAUCAACUUAAAAACAAAUGAAUUAUUUACGUGCAAUAAUUGUUGUGCGACAUUCCAUGAGCAGUCAGGUUCAUAUUUUGUAACUUUAAAUUUAACUGCUCAAAUCCGAAAUUUAUUGAAUGAUCCAACUAUUCAACAAAAUAUUCAAUAUCGAUUCCAACGAACAAGAGAGGUUGAUGUAAUGUCGGAUAUAUAUGAUGGGGCAGUAUAUUCGAGUCUUGAACGUCCGGGACAACCGUUACAUGAUAAUUGGAAUUUAUCCUACACUUUCAAUACUGAUGGAUGUCAGCCCAGUAAAUCUAGUAAAAUGUCCGUUUGGCCUAUUUAUGUAAUGAUCCACGAAUUGACACCGGAAUUGCGAAGUAAGCAUAUACUUUUAGCUGGAUUAUGGGUACAUAAAAAUCAGCCUAAUAUGAAUUUAUUUUUGAAUCCGUUUAUCACCGAGGCGAAUGUGCUUGCAACCGAGGGAAUUAAAUGGCACUAUAACAACCGGGAAAUAAUAACGAAAGUUUUACCGAUAUGUUGUUGUGUCGAUUCCGCUGCCCGAUGCACUCUUCUUUGCAUGAAAAAAUUUAAUGGUUCAUAUGGCUGCACAUUUUGCGAACACCCGACAAAAAGUGUCAAUGGUUACACAAAAUAUCCUAUAUCGGUUGAGGUACCUCCGGAUAGGACUGAUGAAACUAUUCGAGAAAGCAUGAUGAAAUAUUUGACAGAUAAUCCGAUACCUAAUGAUAAUACGAAAGGUGUUAAAGGUCCUUCUGUUCUUAUGAAUUUGCAACACUUUGACAUGGUCAAAGGCAUGGUACCGGAUUACAUGCAUUCGAUAUUAUUAGGUGUAACUAAAUUUCAUACAGAGAUUCUGCUUACCUCUAUAGGCGAACCAUAUUAUGCUGGAUCACCAAAUAACAUAAGAAUUAUAAAUCAGCGCUUGAAUGCUAUUGUUCUUCCUUCAAGUAUUACUCGAUCGCCAAGAAGUAUCAAUGAACGUCGUCUGUGGAAAGCUUCGGAAUGGCGAUCUUGGCUUAUAUGGUAUUGUUUAAUAUGUUUAAAGGGUGUGUUACCGAAAAAAUAUUUAUCGCACUUGGCAUUACUCGUUACUGCGAUACAUAUUUGCUUACAAACAUCGAUAAGUUAUAAUAUGGUGAAUAAAGUUAACGAACUAUUGUUAAGAUAUGUCAUACAAAUGCAGAGUUUCUUUGGAGAGCAUGCCAUGAGAUACAACGUUCAUUUACUUCUACAUAUACCUUCAAGUAUUAUGAAUUGGGGACCGUUGUGGACGCACAAUACGUUUAGUUUUGAAAAUGAGAACCGUUUAAUUUUGCAAAUGAAAACCAGUCCGCACCGCAUAGCGGUUCAAAUUGCAUGGCGGUAUUUUUUCUAUAACUCAUUAUCAUUAUUUGAGAAUAAUAUUACAACUGGUGAACGGUACAAUCAAUAUUGUGAUGAAAUAAAUGUAAAACAAAAAUUGAAAUUUGUUUCAAAAGUCGGUGAAUGUACUUUGAUAGGUUCAGGAAAAGAACAUGCUCUUUUACCUACUGAAGCAGCUUGCUUGUCUCCAUUGAUGCAGGGUAAUUGCUUAUCGUUCAAAAAAAUUAUUGUAAACGGUAUUCGAUUUACAAGUGCGUUAUAUAACCGGCCCCGGAAAAUUAACGACUCAAUAAUUGUUACUCGCGACGGUAUGAAAGGCUCAAUUACUAACAUUUGCUGCUUUCACUUUAACCGCGAAGAUGGUAGUGUUGGCAAAAAGGUCAUAAUUUUUCUGCGACAAAUAUUGGUUACUAAUGAGCCGUACCUAAAAUCGACGUAUGUUAAUGCGAACCACAUACAAAGAUGUUAUAUAAAUAAAGAUGGACCAUUACAUGCAUGUGAUCCCAGCUCGUUGAAAGGACAAUGUAUUAUAAUGUACGAGGGUGGUCUGAAAAGUUUCCGACCUAACAAAGAUACAAGUCAUUUUUUCUGGAAAUUGUUUUUUUAUUUUUCAAUAUAGUCUCCUUGUAAAUCUACACACUUCUCCC